AGUGCAAAGAAAUAGAAGGCAGUUUGUACUAUAGCACAGGAAUGUACUUACAUGAACAAAGUUAGCAUGAGUUUCUGACUCUCACUGGCUCUAAUUAGACAUUGUAGUGGAGAAAGGACUUAUUUCGGCAGUAACACGCAUCUUCACCACUGGAAACACACGACUAUGUUUCGCUUUUGCUCAUAUCUUGUGGUCCUCCUUUGCAUUGAGCCAAUAUCAACUAGUUACAGAAGUUUAAUUGCCUGCAGUUUUGAGUCGGCCUGUGCUUUGAGACAGGACCAGGGAGAUGAUUUUGACUGGAUGGAAGGUCGAGGUCGAAUGAAAGGUGACGGCAUGUUUGCUCCAUCUGGCGAUCACACUUACGGCACUUCCGUGGGGGUGUAUUUUUUUACACCAUCUGACGUGACACGUGAAGGACAGUCGGGUAAACUGGUUUCAGAGCCAAUGCCACUUGCUGCGAACACCACCGUCUCCGUUGACUUUGUGUAUCAUAUGUUUGACGAGGAAGGACAGGAUAGGCUGGGAUCUCUUAGGGUGUACAUCAACGAUGAUAUGAUAUGGUCGAGGACUAGGAACCAGGGACCAACGUGGAUGCGGGCAAUUGUGAACGCGACAUCCACCAGCACAUCAAUACAGGUUACUUUUGAAGGUAUUCUUGGUGGUAUGCACAGUGACAUUGGACUCGACGACGUUCUCAUUGGAAUCUACGAAACAACAUCACCAGAUUUCACAACAGAAGUUACGCCAGAAGUUACGCCGUGUGAGACAGAUACACAAGGUUCAUGGAAAGUCGUUGCCUGUGUGUCACUGUUGCUUGUUGGUUGCAUGGGAAUUUGUCUAGUUAUUGCUGCAGUGUUUGUACUUAAGAUCAGAAAGAAGAUUAACAUGACAAAGGGGAGUGUACCUAGUAACGUCCAUCUCGAAAGUGGAUCAAGAAACGCAGCCCCUAAACAGUGUCAUGCAGGUGAAGACCCUGAUGGGUAUUUGCCACUGAACGCAGCCAUUGCAAAGACCGCCGAUAAAGGCAUCUCGUCUGGUACCGCGUCUGCUCCACAAGUGGAAAGACAUGGAGACCUGUACCUCCAACCCACUUUACCCCAGCAAGCAAGGAAAACGAUGCCACACACUGACAGACCAUGCAACCUUUUCCUCAGAUCGCGCAAAGUCUCGUGGAAUAAUGACAAUAAGGAUAACCAGGACUGUGAUUACGAGUGCUUAGCCUCCGAAUAGGAACAGAGUGGAUGGGAUAUAAUUUUCCAUGCCUCCUGCUUUAUGGAAGAGCCGCAGUGGGCAAACGCAACGUUUUGUGCUUGAAAAUAUUCCCAUACCCGCCACCCUGGAGGAAUGUUGGAUCUAUAUGACCCUACACUUUGGUACCGAUCAGAUCCAAAGAUGUACAAAUGCGCCGUUUUGACAAAAUGUAUACAAUUAGUCAUGUUAAGUUGCAUUACCACACAGCUACCCUCCCAAGUUGAUUGAUAUGUGUCCACCCCUGGGGGGCAAGUUUAGGGUUGAGGAUUUAGUUAUCACUAUCCCCCUAUCUCUCGCACGGAUUAAGGCCACAUUCAUUUAGAAUUCAUUUAUAACGUUUACUUUAUGCUUCAGAGGGGUUACAGCUUGUACUUUGUAUUUGUCGAUUCUCAAAUGCUAAAAAUUAUACUCAGAAUAAGACGUGAAGAGACUUCUUUCACGCGACGGGUGUUUCGAGGGAAAGAAAAAUGUCAUUUGAUUUAUUUGUUGGUCGUGUUUUCGCCAUGAGAGAAAAUAAAUAAGACU